UAAUAUGACAAUCAGAAAAUCUCUAAAUAUUGUACGUUCCAACCUAGCAUGAUCGCAGUAAGCUAGUCAUAAGUGAAAAACAAAAAUCGUCAGAACUCUCGUUAAUACUGCGCAUUUCGCUGAAAUAAUCGUGAGAAACAACAGCAUCGGUGAAAAUUCUGUGGUCCGUAUUAUAAAAAAAAAUAAGUGCUAUUAAAACUAAACAAAAUGGGACGCCGCUGCUGCGUUGCUGAUUGCCCCUCGACUUCGCGUCUGUUUGAGCACCACGGCGUAACAUACCACUCGUUUCCGAUGGACGCCGUCAUUCGUGCUAUUUGGAUUAAGAACUCGCGCAUUAGUCUGGACCGGCAAAUCACAAAGAGUGUGCUUGUAUGUUCACGUCAUUUUCGACGUCUUGAUUUCAAUACUAUUAAAAAUGGCAAGUACUUGCUGAAGCCGCGCGUCUUCCCCACUGUCUUUCCGUGGGGAAAAAUGGAGCCCGCCGAGAUAGAGGCUGACCAUCGGGCCUUGCAGCAGGCAACCUUGGAUGGCUCUGGAGUGAGCAGUUCCGCGAACAGCGCCAGCAACGAGGAUGUUAUUAAGGCAACCGUUGACAAAAUUGUUGCCCAAAUAUUGUCCGAGUCAGCUGAGCGUGAUGCUGCCGAUCGUAAGGCUAAAGCCGAGGCAGCCGCUAAAGCUGAAGCUGAAACCGAGGCAAAACAAAAGGAAGCAGCAGCAACCAAGGAAGCUGCCGUCGACUCCGCACUUGUUGCCUCAUCUGCAGAAGGCACAACUGCUACUUCCUCCAACGAGACAACAGCCGCUGUAACUGAUUCGGCUACUGAAGCAGUGCCUGCUGCUAGCAACACGGGCUCCCCACUUUCGAAUUCUCCACCCAAAUAUGGCUUGCCCACAAACAUUGCGAUUGGCGCUCGUCUAGAGGCGUUGAGUGCUGAUGGCGCUUGGCUUCCGGCACGUAUUGUCGAGGUCAAUGAAUCGGAGCAGACAUUACUAAUCCGGUUCGAGCGCAACAACAAGCUGAAAGUGUCACCCUCGACAAGCGGUGGCAACCAAGAAUGGAUCGGGUUCAAAUCGGAUCGCCUGCGUCAGCGCAUCAGCUCGCGCGUCUUACCCAUCUUUGAGUUGGAGGAGAAAUGCAUGGCGCGCUGGUCGGGACCACGGAAAUUUCCGGGCACCAUCAAAAAGCUGCUGGGCAACGACACAUACGAGGUGCUAUUCGACGAUGGAUACACAAAGAACGUCCGUGCAGUGCACAUGAACAAGCUGCCUCGCCAGGUUUUGGCCAACAUUGAGCAAGAUGCUGACACGCAAUCAACAGACUCUGCUCCAGCUGCAGUCGCAGUGAAGAGGCCCAGCACUGGAGCCACCAGCACCGGCAAGAAGGCAAAGGUGACUCCGCCGCGCAAAGAUUGGCCACUGCUGGACAUGUCCAAUUUGGAUUUAGCCGCUUUGGGAUUGCCGGAAAUCCCACAUGAUGGGGAGUGGACAUGCCAUUGGGUGAACGAUCAGCCGAUCGGCACAGAAGGCUAUCUGAUUGUCGGGGAGCACCAGAAGCCGACGGUGAUUGUUCACGACUGGCGAUUGCCGCCUGGCUGGAUCAAGCACAUGUACCAGCGCUCAAAUGUGCUGGGCAAGUGGGAUGUCAUUUUGGUUUCGCCCAGUGGAAAACGUUUUCGCUCCAAGUCCGAUCUGAAAGUGUUCUUGGAGUCGCAGGGCUUGGUCUAUAAUCCGGAUGUUUAUGACUUUAGCAUUCAUCGCCGGCGUGCCAAAGACAUUAAUGCAUACGUCUACACACAUGACUACAGUCCACAGCAGCCAGCAAAACCCAAGCCGAUGGACAUGUCCGUGGACACAACAGCAACAGAGUCACAGGAUCAAAGUACCAGCAAGCUGUUGACAGCCACGCCCACAUCAACGCCUAUGUCACCGAUGGCCACACGCCGUGGAGCAGGGGUGGACAACCAGUAUAUGGAAACACCGGUGGCCUCACUGAUGCCUCCUGCGGAGCUAAUGUCUCCCUCACCACGUGCCCCAGACAAUGAGGCAAUGCCUCAUACAACCGAAUCGGCCGAUGCCACCUCUGUGCUAGCUUUGGAUGAAGGCACCGUGCUGGAAGAUGGUUACGUAUAUAUUGGCGGAUUAAAGGUACAGAUAACAGAUAAUUUGUUUGUGUGCCCAAGCGAGGGAUGCGGUAAAACAUGCCGCAAGGAGCACAUUCUGCAAAUACACAUACGACACUAUCACAAGGAACUAGCACAACACUUCAGCCACUGUCCGAAGAUGCAGGAAUUGGCUGUAAAACGCACGCAUCCAUCUUCGAUUGAACAAAAUGAGCAAACACCGAAGAACCAAAUACCCAAUCAACAGUUCUUUAAUAAGUUGCAUCAACAGGACUUACAACAGUCCCGCUCUUUUCGACGUCAGACAGCUGUUACGGAUACAUCGCCCACAGUCCGUGACAACUCGCCAACUGUUUCGCCUAGUAGUCGAUUGCUAUCACCCAAGGUUGAGACGCCUACGACAUCUAAAGUUUCACCACAGGCAACAAGCGCUACUCCUGAAGCUGCUACUUCUACUGCUGCACCAGCUCCUGUCGUGGCACCACCGCCUGUAGAAGUUUCGCCUAUUCCAGCAGCACAGGAGCCGAACAAAUCUAGUACACCAGUCGUCGUAAACCGGGCCACCAAGCGCGUGCGUGCUACAUCCAACAAGCGUUCAUCUGGCUCCCGUAAAAGCAGCCGGCAACGUACCCAACGUCGCUAUGCAAACGUCUCGAACGAGGAUUUGCCAGCGUCAACCAAUGCCCACAACUCACCAGCAUCUGGAGCAGAUUGCGAAGAUACCCGUCAGUCGAUAAGCACACCCACACCCACACCCGAUGUUCGUAAUGAUGCUAAGAAACGUCGUGUCGCUCUAUCUGGAACCCCGGCUAGUUCGCCAAUCAUCGAUUCGGCAUCAACGCCUUCGUCAAACGAUGUGGUAGAUAUAAAUGCAGCAUUGGCGCCACCGCCCCCACAACAGGCCAGUCAGACGCCUCAGUACAUCAAGGAGAACGGCGAGCUUAUACGUAUAGUGCGCAUGAGGCAGGAGGAAAUCAUAAAUUGCAUUUGUGAAUAUGGGGAAGAGGAUGGCCUUAUGAUCCAAUGUGAGCUGUGCCUCUGUUGGCAGCAUGGUGCUUGUAAUGGCAUUGUCAAAGAGUCGGAUGUACCAGAUAAAUACGUCUGCUACAUUUGUCGCAAUCCGCCGCGUGUUCGUGAUUCGAUGCGCUUCAAGCAUGAUCAGGACUGGCUCUUCGAGGGCAAGCUGCCUGUUGCUGGGUAUCAUACUCCAAAUCCCCAGGCACCCAAAAAGUUCGAGUUGCUAAAACGAUCUCACACACUUACGGGCAAUUUACUAGAUGCUAAACGCUCAAUGCAUUCCUUAUCGGUGAAGAUCAAUAUUGCUCGCAAUCGUUACCAUCCCAAGCUAUAUCUGUGGGCUAAGAAGUGGGACGAAGAUCAGGCUGAGAACGCAACCACACCUGUGAAACGUCCAAAGGCCGAACAAUCCGACUGGCCGCACGUGCCGCAACCGGAGGCUGCAAUCGAUCCAGAGGAAUGUCAGUACCGUUUGAUAGAACACGUUAAGAUACAGCAAUCCCUGUUGAUGAAUCGUCUCAAUGAGAUAGAAGGUGAAAUAGACGAGCUUGAAAAAGAAGAUACUAUGACCGAUUUGAAAGAUGCAAAUAUGUCCACCACCAAAGAAGCCAUGGCAACGUUUAUAAAAGAGUUGGAAACACUAAAGCGUCUUGCUAAUCUCAACAAGGUGGCCAACAUGAAACAGGCCCUAAAGAAUCAAGAACAGUCAACAGAAGUUACCCAAGUUUAAAUCGGACAAUGAUAAUUUUAACUUUAACACUAUUUGAAUUUGAAU